UUCGGGAGGAAACGGGAAGGCUGGCCAGGGCCGGCAUGGCCGGCGGCUGGGAGACAGCUCUGGGCCUGGGGCUCUGCCUCGCCGCCCUGCACCACGGAGGCUGCCGCUUCCCCAGCGUGGCCACGGCACCCCAAACUCCAGCUGUGCUGCGGGACAAUUUCCGCCUGCAGCCGGGUGAUUUGGUGACCACAGCGGGACAAGCAUUGGAGCUGGAUUGUGUCCCCCCCUUGGGGUACCCUGAACCCUACAUUACCUGGAAGAAGGACGGGGUGACCUUGGACUUGGUAGGUGGCAGGUACACGGUCACCAAGGGGAAGUUGCAGGUGGCAUCGGCACAACGGAGCGACUCCGGUCUCUACAUCUGUGUGGCGGCCAAUGCGGCGGGCAAGAGGGAGAGCCGGGGUGCCCGCGUCUCUGUGCUGGAGAAGCCAAGCAUCGUGCGGCACCCAAGCGACGCCGUGGCGGUGCCCGGCAGCACCGUGGAGCUGGGUUGCAGCGCCCGAGGUGACCCAGCGCCACAGGUGCAGUGGCACAAGGAGCAUGGAGACCUGCCCUGGGGCAGGCACGAGGUGGACCGGGAGCACACUCUGCGCCUCUACGCCGUGACGUCCGCCGAUGCCGGCGCGUACGUGUGCACAGCGCAGAGCCAGCUGGGCACCGCCGCCGCCACCACCUUCCUCCACAUCGAGGACCGGCUGGCAACAGGCCAGCAGGAGCCUGCCCCACGGGACCUGCUGGCCGUGCGGCUGCACCUGGACAACGGCACUGCACUGCCCACUGCUGCUGUCCAGCUCCGCUGGCAGAUGCUGAUGCCGGUGCCGGUGCCUGUGGGCUACGUGGUGCUGUACCGCAGCCUGCUCCCGGUCGCCACCUCCUGGGUCCAGCACGAUGCAGGCAGGGAGCUCAGCACCAUCAUCCCUGCGCUCCGCAGGGGCUACAAGUACGAGUUCAAGGUCCGACCCUACACCGGAGGGAGCCAGGGCUCAGACAGCAACAGCAGGCACCUCUGGAUACCCGAGGAAGUGCCAAGUGCGGCGCCCCAGCGUGUCACUGUCAGCCAGGCUGAGGCAGGGAACGGCACCGUGGUCGUGAGCUGGGAGCCGCCUCCUCCUGAAGCACACAAUGGCGUCAUCCGGGGCUACCAGGUCUGGUCAAUGGGUGAGGGCUGGCAGCAUGCCACCAACAGGACAGUGGACGGAGCUACCCGCCGCCUGGAAACUCUCCUCCCACACCCCGGGGCCGAAUUCUGUGUCCAGGUGGCAGCUUUCAACAGCGCAGGGCUGGGGGUUCCCAGCAAUGCCACCUGUGGAGUCCUGGGGCUGACAGCAGGGAGCAGCAGGGUGGUCCAGGCACUGCGGCAGCCUGCUGUCAUCGCAGCCGCUGGUUCCAUGCUCUGGUUGGCCUUACUCGCCCUCCUCCUCCUCCUCUGCCAGCGCCGCGCCAGCCAGGACGCUGCAGCUCGACACAGGCUGGUGGCUGCUGACUCGCCAUGGCUUGGUGGUCCCUGGAAACCCAGCUGUGCCCCCCGAAACCUCAGCAGCAGCAGCACCCUCAGCAGCCGGCUCCUGGGCAGUGAUGGCAGGGACCCCCACCCCUCCACCCUCUCCUUGGAGCCGCCGAGCCUCGGCCCCCCCACGCCCCCCAUCCACAGCGGCCUCCGAGGGGGACAGCCACCACCCCCUGGGGACAUGGGGUGCUGCGCUGGGGGGCACCCCGGGGUGCAUUCCUCGCCCAGCAACCCAAACCCAGCACCCUGGGAGCGUGUUCGCAAGAGAGAGCUGCACCAAGUGCACAGCACCCCUGUGCUCAUAGCUGGCCCCAGCCACAUCCCUGCCACUGGAAGUGGAGGCGAGUGGGGGGCGGAUUUUGGGCUGGCAGCCAGGCAGCCUCAGCAAAGGGGACACGAGGGUGACACCACCGCUGCCGUGACGGACAGCAGGGACCCAGGGCUGCCGGUCUUCAGCUCUCCAAAACCACAUCGGGGCAGCAGCUCACUGGCCUCUGGUGUGACCACGUCACCAGUGACACCCCCGAGACCACCCCAUGCCUGGCACCCUCCAGUGAAACGGUCACCGACCUUCGUGUGCCCCAGGGACACAUCUCUGGUCACCAGGCAUCCCAAGGACAUGACUCCAGUCACUAAGAUCCCCAGGGACAUGUCCCCAGUCACUGAGAGCCCCAGGGGUGUGUCACCGGCCACCAGGAACCCUAGGAACGUGUCCUUGGUCACUGAGCACCCCAAGGACACGUUCCUGGACAGCAGGAAUCCUAAGGAUGUGUCCUCAGUAAGGACCCCCAGGAACAUGUCACCAGCCACCAGGCACCACAAGGAUCCAUCACCAGCAGCCAAGCACCAGAGGGACACAGUCUUGACCACCAGGCACCCUGAGGACACCUCCGUGGUCACCAGGUGCCCCAGAGACCCAUUACCUGUAGCCAAGUGCCAGAGGGACAUCUCACUGUCCACCAGGCACACCAAGGACAUGUCCCCAGCCAGCAGGCACCCAAAGGACACAUCCCCAGGCACGAGGCUCCCCAAGGAGGUGUCACCAGCCACUAGGCACUGCAGGGACAAGUUCCUGGCCUCCAGCAGGUCCCCUGAAAACAUGUCACCAGCCUUGAGGCAUCCCAAUGACACAUUGCCAGCCACUGGGCACCCCAGGGACACGUCCCCACUCACCAGGCACCCUGAGGAGAUGUCACCAGUCCCUGAGCAUCACAGGGACAAGUUCUUGGACACCAGGUACCCUGAAAACAUGUCACCAGCAAUAAGGCAUCCCAAGGACACAUCUCCAGCCACCAGGCACCCCAGGGACACAUCUCCAGCCACUAGGCACCCCAGAGACACAUCUCCAGCCACCAGGCAUCCCAAAGAGGUGUCUCCAGUCAGUGGUCACCAGAAGGACAUGUUCUUGGACACCAGGUACACCAAGGACAUGUCCCUGGCCACCGGGCGUCUCUCGCCAGCAUUCAGUGACGGGGUCCUCACACAGCAGCAGGUGGCUGAGGUCCUGGAGAUGGAGCAGGACACUACCUGCUGCAGACCCCCGGCACCGACCACACCACGGUCCUUCUCACCACCGCACACCUACGGCUACAUCUAUGGGCCACCAGCCUCUGAGCUAGGUGAGGAGGAGGAGGAGGAAGAGGAGGAGGAAGAGGAGGAGGAGGAAGAGCGUACAGCAACAAGGGGCUCGCCAGGAGGAUCGCUGCUGAACGGCUGGGGGUCUGUCUCAGAGGACAACUUUGCCAGCACCCGCUGCAGCUUGGUGAGCUCCUGCGACGGCUCCUUCCUGCUGGACGCCAGCUUUGCCCGGGCACUGGCCGUGGCUGUCGAUGGCCUCUGCUACAGCCUUGAGGACACUGAUGGGGCCUACGGGGGUCCCUCACCACCACCAUCACCCUUGGAGCAGGUCUUCCCACCCGGAGUCCCCUCUGCCACCUGGGACUGGUGGACCAUGCUGGAGGUCCCACAGAGAGCCAGGACAGAGGCAGCCGUGAACAGUCGCUCACAGAAUGGUGGCCAAGGGUCAGGGAUUGGCAGCCCCUGGGCCAGGGAAGGUGGUGAGCUGCGGACAGGAGGGACAGGAGUGUGGCAGUCCCCAGGGCGCAGGACACAGCAAGGCCAGACCCUUGGCUCAGCUAAAAUCCAGCUUUAUUAGGCAGUUCCCCAAACAGGGCUCUUUACCAGGAAAAGCUAUCCACAAAGAGUGGGUGGCACCUAGGUGGGUGGGUGUCCCCUUCUUCCACAGUUUCCCCAUCCCAAAUUCCUCUUUUCUUCCCAGCAUCCUCAUCUUCCCCAAGAGUCUGUAUCCCUCUAAGUGUCCUUGUCCUCCCUCAGUGUCCUGCUCCUUCUCCAGCAUCCUCAUCCUACCUAACUAUCCUUCUCCAGCCCAAGCACUGUUGUCCACUCAUGUCCUUGUCUUCCCCUAGGGUUGUUGACCCCCUUGACCAUCCCCAUUCCCACUGACUAUUCCCAUUGCUCCCAACUGUCCUUGUGAUCUCUGCUAGUUCAUGUCCUUCCUCAGCAUCCUUGUUCCACCUUUUCUAUCAUUGUCUCUCCCAAAUAUUCUCAACCUUCCCAAGCCACCUGGGUGGCCUUGUGCUCCCUCUAAAUGUUCUUGUCCCUUCUAAUCAUCCUCAUUCCCAGGCUUCUCAGCCCUCCUGAGUGUCCUCAUCCUUCACCAUUGUUUUGUCCCUCAUGCCAAGUGUCCCCACUGUUCUCAUUUUCCCACAGCCAUCUCCCUUGUCCCUUACUACUGUUCUUGUCCCUCCCAAGCAAUCUCAUCCCUCCCAAGUGUCCUCUUCCCCCCAGCAAUCCUCAAUCCCCUAGAAAUCCUUGUCCUUCCUCCAUGUCCUCUUCCCUCCAGGCAUCUUUAUCCCCCAGCCUUCCUUGUCCCUCACCAGCACCCUCAUCCAUCUGCUGUGUCUUUGUCCCCUCAUGUAAUCUUGUCCCCCACCGAGUGUCCCCUUCCCUUUCAACCACCUCAUCCUUCUCAGGCAUCCUUGUCCUUUCCCAGCAUCCUUGUUCCUCCCAGCUGUCCUUGUCUCCAGGAUUCUUCCCCACUUAAGCAUCUUCCUCAUCCUUCCACAGCACCCUCAUCCCUCUUCUGCCUAUCUGUCCGAACUGUUUCUGCCCCCAAGGCUCGUGUCCUUCCUUGAGCAUCUUCCUUGUCCCUCCUGAGCAUCCUUGUCCCUCCCCAGGAUCCUCAUUCCUUGUGAAUUUCUUGCCCCACCCCAAGAAUCCAUGUCCCCCCCUCACUCUGACGCCCACUGGCCGCGACUUCUGUGCAACCCUAUUUCCAUGGAACCACUCAGAAAUUAAAGAACAUCCCUCCGUG